GCAUAUUUUAUGGCUUUCUGGUGGACAUGAUGGAACUGCUGGCUGCCUCUCAUAUGCUAAACUUCAGCUACACAAUGACUGAAGUUUCAGACGGUUUCUACGGCUCAAUAGAUCCCGAAACAAACAACCUAACAGGAAUGGUUGAAACACUCGUAAACUGUCAUGCCGAUCUUGCAGUGGCUGCUUUUACCAUCACGGCACUGAGAGAGACAUAUAUCAGCUUUACUAAACCUUUCAUGAACAGUGGUUUUGUAAUGCUUGCUACAAAGUCGACUCCAACUGAAAGCGGUUUGUGGUCAUUUUUGGAUCCAUUCGACUUCUGGAUAUGGAUAUGCAUUCUGAUUUCGUUCCUUGUUUGUGGUACUUGCCUCGUUGUUCUUCAUCGGGUGAGUCCUUAUGGGAGGCGAACAGUCGAUCAUCCCGAAGAUCUACCGUACACGUUCAAGCUACAUAACAGUGUGUGGUACUUUUACUCGACUUUCAUGCAGCAGGGACCAGAGGCUGCAGCCUUCUUGUCUGGAAAAGUCUUACUGGCCGGUUGGUUCUUCUUCUGUCUCAUUGUAGUUUCAACGUAUACAGCAAACCUGGCAGCUUUCCUCACCGUCAAGAGCUCCCCCAACAUCAUAGAAUCUGUAGACGAACUAUCCAAGCAAGAGCAGGUCAAGUAUGGCGUGGCAAAGCAUACGGCCGUUAGUGAGUUUUUCAAUUUGUCAACCAUUGAAACAUAUCAUCGCAUGUACGAAUAUAUGAGAAGAACAGAUGGUGUCGUGAUGAAUACAACCCAAGAUGGAAUCAAUCGCGUGAAAAACGGCAUACCGGGGGAAUACAUUUUUAUAGGGAACAAGCCUCUUCUUGAUUAUACUUCAAGCCAGGAACCGUGCACAUCAAAAGUAGUAGGAGACACAUUCAACCGCGGUAGCUUGGGAAUAGCGAUGCCAAAAGGCAUGCCAUACCUUAAAGACUUUUCUAUAGCGAUCCUCAAGCUGAAAGACAUGGGAAAACUAGAGGAACUAGAGCGAAAGUGGUUGAAGAGUGGGCCCUGUUCGCAACAGAGUGAUGAUGAUGAAUCGGACAAUCAAGCAGCUAGAAUACUACAAAUGUCUGGAGUGUUUCUUCUCCUUGUUAUUGCUAUCUUGCUAUCGCUAGUGGUCGCGAUCGUAGAACGAUACGUGUGGAAAUAUAAAACAACAAAACGACAACGACUGGGAUCGGAAAUCGUAAUGGAGAAUAGACACGUCAGGGAUCCAAAUCCUUCUCAAAACAAUAUAAGAGUAAACGGAAAUCAAACGGUACAGUGAAAAAUUUAGCCGGUUCAAGGCAAGAAUAAUAUAAUUACUAUUGUCUCUCAAUUUUACAAUAGUUUACGGAUUUGUAGUUGGUUUUGAUAUAUUUAUUAGCUGUUAUAAUGCCAGUAGAAUUUUAACGAUAGUCGUGGUUUGAAUAUAAACAUGCAGUAGAGAAACAUAACUAAAU